CCUAUAUAUAAGAGCCCAACUCUCUCAACCCCUUACCUCAAAUCAAACCAAACCAAUCCAUACAUACAUAUAUAUAUAUAUACAGUCUCUUUCUCUUCUCUCUUCUCUCUUCUCUAUAUAUAAUAAUGUCGACUAUAAUAAGUAAGAUGGAUGGAGUUUCAAGUAAUAGUAGUAAGAGGGCUUAUGUGACAUUUUUGGCUGGAAAUGGAGACUAUGUGAAAGGAGUGGUUGGGCUAGCCAAGGGUCUGCGCAAAGUUAAAAGCGCAUACCCUCUUGUGGUGGCCAUUUUGGACGAUGUUCCUCAAGAACAUCGUCAAAUUCUUAGAUCUCAAGGAUGCAUUGUUCGUCUCAUUGACCCAGUCUAUCCUCCCAACAACACUCAAACUCAGUUUGCCAUGGCUUAUUAUGUCAUCAACUACUCAAAGCUUCGCAUAUGGGGGUUUGAAGAGUAUGAGAAGAUGGUAUACUUGGAUGGAGACAUACAAGUAUUUGAAAACAUUGACCACCUAUUUGAGUGGCCAAAUGGGUAUUUCUACGCAGUGAUGGAUUGCUUUUGUGAGAAAGUUUGGAAUUUCUCAACUCAAUAUAAGAUUGGGUACUGCCAGCAGUGUCCCGAGAGGGUUCCAUGGCCGGCGGAGUCAGGCUCACCGCCGCCCUUGUACUUCAACGCCGGCAUGUUUGUUUCCGAGCCAAGUCUUGUCACUUACCACAAUCUCAUGGAGGCUCUUGAGACCACUCCUCCUACUGCCUUUGCUGAGCAAGACUUUCUUAACAUGUUUUUCAAGGACAUAUACAAGCCUAUUCCAAAUGUUUACAACCUUGUGUUGGCCAUGCUUUGGCGUCACCCUGAAAAUGUAGACUUUGAUAACAUCAAGGUUGCUCACUAUUGUGCUGCGGGAUCGAAGCCUUGGAGAUUCACAGGAGAGGAAGAGAACAUGAACAGAGAAGACAUAAAGAUACUGGUGAAAAAGUGGUGGGACAUAUAUAAUGACAAAUCCUUGGACUACCAUCAUCAUGAUCAUGAUCAUCAAACCCAUGAAAGCCCUAAUAAUUGUGAAUGUGAUCAUGAUCAUGUGGAUGGUGAUGAUGAUGGUGAUAAAGGUGGUCAUAUCAAGCUUGGACCUUUUCUUACUGCUUUAGCAACUGCUGCCAUACCCCAAAACACUGCACCUUCUGCUGCUUAAUUAAUUAACUCUUAUAUUAUAUAUUAAAGAAGAAAUAAUAAGAGUUAAUAUUAUAUUUGGAAUAAGAAGUACUAUAUAUAUAUGUGUGUAAGCUGUGUACUACUAGCUCUAGCUCUUAUAGAGGCCGUUGCUAUCCCAGAGUUAUAGUUUUUAUAUAUAGCUUAUAUAUAUAUAUAUGUUGAUCAAAUAUUAUAUAUAAUAUAAUCUGUAACACUUUGUUUGCUUACAUAUAAUAUGUAAGAGUCUUAUUAUAUAUGGUAUUGUGGUUUUAAUUAUUCAUUA